CCAUAAAUAGCGAUGGGUUCAAUAAUACAAGGUCACGCAUCGUGAAUCAUGGAUGCGCCGGGAGACAGAGAUAUUGAACUUCAGCGUGCCUCUGGGGAUCUUAUACAUGAAUUCAAGGCAAAAUUACCUCCCCUCCUUUGGAAAUCUGCUGGCGAUAAGCGUCAAGUCCAUCGAUGGGCCCAACGUGUACGGACAGAAAAGUUAAGGACCCUUUUAGAACCUUUCCAGGAAUGGCCACAACUGUUAGAUCCUCACUUGCAGGGAAUAUUAUCCCAACUGACCGAUGCCUUUCUUACCUACCUUGAAUUGUAUCAAGAUCAAUAUGCCUCCACUGCGGCUGUCACUAUCCCUAAAAAUGGAGCCGUGGAGCCGCUUCCUCGAGCUAUUUGCAAACUCAUCUACGUUCUAUGCAAAGUUCGUGGCGUGAAAGUCAUUACUAGGUUCCUCAACAAUGAGCCAAGGUAUCUUGAGCCCAUUCUUCGCGCCUUCAUCGACUGGGAUAGCGUGGUUGCGGAUAACGAUGCGGCUGCGUCAUCUAUGGGCCAAGGACUACCGUUGACGUGGGAAGAGAGAUAUGUUAUCCUUCAAUGGCUGUCUCACUUGUUUCUGGCGCCAUUUGACCUAGCAUCAAUCUCGUCUGACACCAUUCCUAUUCCGUAUGAUAACCUCUCUGUUCUAUCUGGAUUAUCGGCUUAUCUUCCUCCUGUGACGCGGUCUGCACUUUCAAUCAGCCUAAAGUAUGCGCUACUUCCAGGGAAGGAGAGAGAAACCGCCGUCGCUCUAUUGGCGAGACUUGCAUUGAGAUCGGACAUGCAAAAAUUGGGUGUCCUCGAGGCGCUCAUUAAUUGGGCUUACAGUACGUUGGAUUCGAAUUCAAGUGGCUCAACAAACCCGGAAUAUGCAACUAUCGGGAUUUUGUCCUUUAUUGCACGGCUAGGCGUUCAGGGUCGAGCGGAUGACCUUGGUCCAUAUGUGGAAUCUAUAUCUGAUAGGACUAUGGCGCUUACAAUAGAAAAGUCUCCAGUUUGCAAGGCUAUUCGGGCGUCCGCAUUUGCUCGAAAGAUUUUGAUUAAGAUUAUCAGAUCUAUGGCCAUCCUUACACUUGCGCUAGAAGAGAGGCUUAGUAGGGAGUUCUCGGAUAAGAGCUCCACGAUCUUAGAAAAUGCAAUCGAUCAUUUUCUCCUGUCACUUGCAGAUAAAGAUACCCCUGUGCGGCUGGCCGCGAGCAAAGCGCUCAGUAUGGUGACUCUCAAGCUAGGUCCAGAAAUGGGUUCUGACAUCGUCGAAGCGGUUUUGGAGGCGUUGGAAGACAAUAUUCUCUACGAAAAGCGAGACGGUACCCUGAUCUCCCGUUUCCAGGCCGAGAAGACCGACCCGAGCCUCAUCAAACGGAACACAAGUGCUGUCAAUACCCAAAUAUGGCACGGACAGAUCCUGACCCUGGGGCACCUGCUUUUCCGACGAGCUUUGCCUUCGAGCAAGCUUGGGCAAGUGCUACAAUCAUUAUUCUGUGGCCUUGACUUUGAACAGAGGUCAUCAACUGGAAGCUCUGUCGGGAGCGGCGUUCGGGAUGCAUCAUGUUUUGGCAUUUGGUCCGUUGCUCGAAAAUAUUCCACUAAGGAGCUUCAAGUUUUGGAUCCUCGCGAGGUGAAAGUUAGAACAAGUCAGGAUGACAACGUCUUGCAGGUUCUUGCCAUUGAGCUGGUUUGUGCAGCGUGUUUGGAUCCCUCCGGAAAUAUACGUCGAGGCGCUUCAGCCGCCUUACAAGAAUUGAUUGGUCGUCACCCAGAUAUGGUAUUUGAAGGGAUAUCUCUUGUCCAAAUUGUUGAUUAUCAUGCAGUCGCUCGCCGGGCAAAAGCCAUGCAGGAAGUUGCAAGGGACGCUGCAGCCCUUGGAAGUAUAUAUUGGUUGCCGCUCUUUGGCGCAUUGCUAGAUUGGCGUGGAAUAGGAUCCCCGGACUCUCGGUCAAGAAGGGCUGCUGCCUCUGCAAUUGGAGAGCUGAGUUCACAGGGAAGUUAUAAUACCAUACUUGCUGUGCUGUGCCAGACCCGUCAACGUCUCUCGGAUAUGUCGCCAUACGCUAUUGAGCCGCGGCAUGGGUGUUUGCUAUCACUGGCAGCGGUGAUAGAAACAUUCCUAUCCUUUAAACUGACAGAACCUGAUCCCGAUGGCACUGCUCGCCAGAUCGCAUCCGAAGUAUCUAAGCUCUGGGAGAUUUUAGAUAGCAAAACAGGGCCAACCAAAGAGAGCCUCACUCUUUCUGAGCUUCGACCUGACUUGAUUGCGGAAGCGUCUGCACGCUUCUUAUCCGCACUUGCUCGAUCAUAUGCUCCGGCGGCUGGACAAAGUGGCCCAAGCCGAAGGCUCCCAGAAAAGUUUCUUAAUAAAGCUAUUGACAUUUUGGGGCUUUGCGUUUGCCGUAGCGAUGAUAUCCCUAUGAAGGCAUCGUCCGAGGCAGCCUCUGAUCUUUUUGUGCUUUUAUCCUCGGAAAAGCAAUUGGAUGUAUUGAAACGGUGGCUAGACAAUAUCGAUGCGAGCUGGAAGUCCGCAACAGGCCAAGGCCAAAUUGCAGCCUUGGGAGUGGUAUUCAAGCAUGUUCCAACUGCAGGCCAGGGAAGAAAAUUGAUUUUACGCGGACUUCUUAAAUCAACUGCAGUCGAAGAGUUGAUUGCUAAGCGGAAAUCUGCCGCGCAAUGCAUUGCAACGCAGAUUUUGCCAUUCUCAGAUGAGAUUGAACUUCUUUCCAGCCACCUUCAAGUGUUCCUAAAUGAUUACACAACAGAUAGGAGGGGUGAUAUUGGCUCAUUAAUUCGACUCGAAGCCAUCGGCGGCGUAAAACUCAAUCUCCAAUCUAAAUUCAGGCGGUCGCCUUACACACAUGAUUUAAUGAAAUGUGUAAUUAGGCUUGCCGCGGAAAAGCUAGAUAAAGUGCGCUUUGAGGCGUGGAAAUGUUUUGAGGCCUUCUGGGGUUCAGAACCUGCCCUGCCCCCAUUACAGAUGAUGUAUGAACAUUUAAGUGAAGUUUGCACAGUAGAGUACUUCUUACAACUCUUUAUUCUCCUUUCGGUUGACUGGCUUCGACCAUCUCUAUUAAAGGGGUUAGUGACGUCUUUCAGCGCCGGUACAGAAGGUUUAGUUCGAGCCUCGCGACUUGCUCUGGUGCAGUUUAUUCAAGAACAGGCUGGAGACGAUAGCAACCGGUUGAAGCUAAACAUUUUCAAUGACAUGAUGUGGGUAUUAGAGAGCACGAUGGAUGAUGAUCGUUACGCUAUACCGGCUGUUGAUACCAUCUGUUUUCUCCUCGGCAAUUGCUUCGAAGACUUAGCAGGUUUAGAUCUUAAUUUCCGAAAAUUAUUUCUUCUUGUCCAAAAGUCACACUUUAAGUCCUCGAACAUACCCAGAAUCGAGGUUGCAGUUAAAACAUACGCUACCCUACUGCGCCAGGAAUGCAUUCAGAAAGACGUUAUGAAGAAAAUGAUGAGUCUGUUACUACAUUCGUACCCCAAGAUUCGCUCGAUCACCGCUGAAUGCCUUUUCAUGGAGAUAAACAAUGAAAUAUUUAAGAAGACCGAUUGGCUAUUGUCACCACACCAGCUGAAAACUACCGUGGAUAAACUACGACAAGAGUAUCGUCUCACUUAG